CGCGUCGUGGCCAGCUCGUGCGUGGCAGCCGAAAAAUGGCGCAGCAGACCCUGGUGUUGUGCACGCCCGACGCCGUCUCGCGCGGGGUGACCUUCGAGAUCUCCUCACAGUUCGAGAAGCGUGGCCUCACGAUGGUCGCCUGCCGCAUGCUGCGCGCCACCACCGCUCAGGCACAGGCGCACGUCGACUGCACAAAGGCAGGCUCCGUUGCGCAGCUCACUAGUGGGCCGGCCGUCGCGACGGUGUGGCAGGGCGCAGGGGCCAUCGCCGCUGGCAUCGAGAUUGCCGGCGCCGCCGGCGGGAGCGACCUCCUCUCCGUCUCGCCGAGCGCGGCGUCAGCGACGCUCGAGAUCGCCGUCUGGUUUGGUGCGGACGAGGUGCCGCCGCCCGACUCGAACGGCGCCGCGGCCGCCGCGUCGGGCUCCGUGGCUGCGAGCGCGCCCUCCGCGGACGGCGACGCCGCGGCCGCCGGAGGCAAGUCCAAGGGCCAGCUCAAAAAGGAGGCGGCAAAGGCGGCAAAGGCGGCAAAGAAGGCCGAGGCUAAGGGCGGGACACCCGCGGGCCCCGCCAUCUCGACCGAGCCGCCUUCGGGGACGCGCGACUUCUUCCCGGCCGAGAUGCGGACGCGCAACUGGCUCUUCGCCAAGUUCCGCGAGACGGCGCGCCAGCUCGCCUUUGUCGAGUACGACGCGCCCGUGCUCGAGGCGGAGCAGCUGUACGUGCGCAAGGGCGGCGAGGAGAUCACGCAGCAGAUGUACAACUUCACCGACAAGGACGGCAAGGCGGUCUCCCUCCGGCCGGAGAUGACGCCGACUCUCGCUCGCAUGAUCCUCUCGCUCGGCGGCAAGGUGCUGCUGCCCGUCAAGUGGUUCUCCAUACCGCAGUGCUGGCGCUUCGAGACGGUCCAGCGCGGGCGCAAGCGCGAGCACUUCCAGUGGAACAUGGACAUCGUCGGCGAGGCGUCGAUCGCCGCAGAGGCCGAGCUGCUGGCCGGCGUCACGUCAUUCUUCAAGAGCGUCGGCGUCACCUCCGCCGACGUCGGCAUCAAGGUCAACUCGCGCAAGGUGCUCGCGGCGAUCCUCAAGAUGUACGGCAUCGACGAUGACAAGUUCGAGGCCGUCUGCGUCAUCGUCGACAAGCUCGACAAGAUCGGGCCCGACGAGACGGUCCAGCUGCUGCGCGACGCGCAGGUGUCGGACGAGGCGGCCCGCAAGAUCGUCGCCUCGCUCUCGCUGCGCUCGAUCGGCGAGCUGCAGGAGCUGGUCGGAGAGCACCCCGUCGCCGCCGACGCGAUGCGCGAGAUGAAGGAGCUCUUCGCGCUGGCGGAGGCGUACGGCUUCGGCGACUGGAUCCUGUUCGACGCGUCGGUGGUGCGCGGGCUCGCCUACUACACCGGCAUCGUCUUCGAGGGCUUCGACCGCAAGGGCGAGCUGCGGGCCAUCUGCGGCGGCGGGCGGUACGACAAGCUCCUCUCGCUGUAUGGCUCGCCGACGGUCGUCCCCGCCUGCGGCUUCGGCUUCGGCGACUGCGUCAUCAUGGAGCUCCUCCAGGAGAAGGGCUUGCUGCCGCACCUCGAGCCGGAGGUCGACUUCGUCGUCUGCCCAUUCAACGCUGAGAUGCGCCUGCACGCUGUCCAGGUGGCGGCGACGCUGCGCGCCGCCGGCUACGCCGUCGACGUGCUGCUCGCAAACAAGCGGGCCGACAAGGCAUUCAGCUACGCCGACCGCGUCUCCGGCCGGCGGAUGGUCUUUGUGGCGCCUGACGAGUGGGACAAGGGCAGCGUGCGCGUCAAGGACCUCCGCCUCGAGCGGUCCGAGGAAGAGAAGCUGGCGGACCGCGGCAUCGAGUUGCCGGUGGCGGAGCUAGUCGCAGAGCUGUCUCGCAUCGGCGUUGCGCCGCAGCGGGAGGAGCGGGGCGCUUGACACACCGGGGGCGUUGGGCGCGCUGAGUAGGGUAGAAGGGCGAGGGCGGCGCUGCCGCCCACGUGCAGAGGGGAGAACGGGGCUUGCACUGCUUGCUGACGUAGAGGCGGGGGGGGCUGCCACGAGCCAGCGCCAGGCAGACUCGCGUGAGCUGACAGACGCCGCUCCGCGGAUCGGAGAUGCUUGGCACUGCGGUAAUCUACCCCACAAAACCCCAAAAGCAACACGUGAGACGAUGUGGAGGCGGCGGCGCGGGCGGCGGCGCUGGCGGCGCGCGGGCGGCCGGCGCGGGCGGCGGCACGGUGGAAGGCGCGGGAUGCACUCCAAUCACCAAUCACCAAUCAGACUGGAAAGUGAGUCGGAAGCACGAGAUCGACGAUGCGGCGAGCAUUCUCAUGACGCGGACUCGCACAUCUUGGGACUGGCUCGGUGGCUGGUGAGUGCGGCAAGGAUGAGCGGACUCGCGUGUCCUGGCCACAGCUCCUUGCGAACUUCUUCUCCCGCUGCCAAGCGAUGUCGAUUGUCGUGAAUGGUUUCCAGCACUCAUAAGUAGUUCUUAGAUUCUUCUAACAU